AUGGUCUGUGGAAAUCAAGGAGGAGAAGUUGCCCAUCAGAAAUAUAUAAAGAAAUCCCAGGAGAUUAGUAAGGGAAACAGAAAAGCAGGUAGUUUGACUACCUCUCAGAGGAAACAGAAGGAAUCUGAGAUCAUGCAACAAAAGCAGAAGGCAGCCAAUGAAAAGAAGGCUAUGCAGAGAAGAGAAAAACGAUGA